AUGAAUAAAAUUAGGGGCCUCCCUCCUGCGGUCAGAGACCCGGGCCCUGGAGUGGAACUUGGAGUGGAGGAUGGUCUUCUCUGUCAACUCAUUCAUUCUCCAGAAUUCAACUUGUUCUCUGACUCAGUGGUGUUUGAAAGCACCUUCAUCCAGGUACCUCCUGCAUCUUUCCAGGUCACUAAGCAAGGAAACUGGAUGGAUGCCUAUGAAAAAUCUGCCACUAUGAUCAUCGGGGUAACCUCUUCUGUGCCCUCCUUGCCACUCCCCAACGUCCUCCUAAUGGCCAACGUCACCUGGCCUCACGGUCCGUUUUCCACCUCUAGCACACCUGGUGCCCCUGUCAUCACUCUCAGCAGGAUCCUUCCCCUGAAGUAUGUGGAGCUACAGAUCUAUGACUACACCAAGCGCAUCCUUCGGGUUAGGACAGUGACUGAGAAGAUCUACUAUCUGCGGCUCCAUGAGAAACAUCCACAGGCCGUGUUUCAGUUCUGGAUCCGCUUGGUGAAGAUUUUGCAGAAAGGUCUGUCUAUCACCACCAAAGACCCGAGGAUCCAGUUCACUCACUGCCUGGUGCCCAAGAUACCCAACCCCUCCAUCGAAACAACACCUGAAAGCAGCGUGCCAGCAUCCUCCCAGCCCAGUGAGACCGUAAUGCUGCUGGCGGCUGAGCGGACCAGCGGCAGUCUCUUAGGGCUCUCAAAAAGACACCAGCUCACAGGAGACAGAUCCACUGAGACUACCAUAGAAAUCGAGAGCUCCAACAGCUGCAAGACCCCCCCACUGGUGGCAUCUUCAGUUAAUAUGCCCAUGAGAGCUACCUUGACCCACAGCCUCUGGGAACAAGAGAACCCAAACGAGAGCUUCCUGCAGGUUCCUGUAGCCAGCUCCUUAGGAGAGAACUUUUUGGGACCCUAACACCU